GAUGUGCGAUCCUCGACUCUGAAUCACCGCUAUGAACAUGGAUGGCAGGCCGCAGCACCGCUGAAGACGACAUCCAAGGAGGUGCCAGUGCUGGCUCUCGCGCUGCUGGCCUGCUCCGCGGUGGCCCGAUCCGCCUUCGCGAGCUCUGCCGCGAAGAGGGUACGGGUUGCUCCAAAACCUCGCUGCGUCCUCGUCGCGGCAACAUCGCAGGUGACCCAGUGUGCCUGCCCGUCGACUCCUGGACCUUUGAUCUCCAUCGGAGAGGCGGCGAUCGAGGCACACAGAGCAGCGCCACCGGUUGAGAUGGAUGGCCUCCGCGAUAUGCAGAACGGAAGGGUCGCCUGGCCUGCACGAGAUUCCCAGCCUGGUGCACAGCGGAGGAGACGCAGCGCGGACCAGGGUGCGCGGCAGCGCCGCCGAGCCUUUGGGGCCCGGCUGAUGGGCAUUCACCCAGUGCCGCAACCCGACUCUAAGCUCGCAGCCCUGGACAUGAGCAAGGUCCGGAACAAGGUGCAGAUGGGCAUCCGCAGUACUUCCACAGCCCGGUGCGGCAACAACGGCCGCGAG